UAUUCUUGUGAAUGGGAAAACUGUCCUAGAAAAGAAAAACCAUUUACAAAGAGACACAAGAUGUACAAUCAUCUUCGCACUCAUACAGGCGAAAGACCAUUUGUUUGUACACAAGACGGCUGUGGCAAGAAAUUUUCUCGACCAGAUUCUCUUACGACACAUAUAAAGACCCAUUCAAAUGUUCGACCUUACACUUGCUAUGUGAAGAACUGCGGAAAAUCUUAUUAUCAUGCGCGUUCCCUUAGGAAGCAUGAAAAGACGCAU